GGUAGUUUCGGAUUGAUGGGUACUCUGACGACCUUACGGAGGUCUCUCGGCCAUCACUGCCUGCGAAAAUCGAGUCCCAGUCCUCACAUAUCUAAGCUUUUCGAUUUGAGUCAAGGAUCGCUGCUAAACGUCAUCGUCUCUGGAAGUUUCAACUUGCAGUAUCAGAGUCGCCGGACUCUGAUUCUAGAGUCCGCACUCUCUGAAUCAGUCAAAUUAAAGAGACUCUCCGACUCUGGAAUUGUUGAGGUGAAUUUGGAUAGGCCUGAAACAAAGAAUGCGAUUGGGAAGGAUAUGCUUAGAGGGUUAAAGCAUGCUUUUGAAACUAUCGAUGAAGAUGAAUCUGCUAAGGUUGUAUUGGUCUGCAGUUCAGUUCCCAAGGUGUUUUGCGCUGGUGCUGAUCUUAAGGAGCGCAAGAUGAUGACUCCUUCUGAAGUAAAAUUUACUGUCAACAAGCUGCGGUCAAUGUUCUCAUUGAUAGAGGCACUUCGUAUUCCAACCAUUGCUGUUAUUGAAGGAGCAGCUCUGGGUGGUGGACUUGAAAUGGCAUUAUCAUGUGAUCUUCGGAUAUGUGGAGAAGAAGCAAAAUUGGGUUUGCCAGAAACAGGACUUGCUAUAAUUCCUGGGGCUGGUGGGACGCAACGACUUCCAAGAUUGGUGGGAAAAUCAGUGGCAAAGGAACUCAUAUUUACUGGUAGGAAGAUUGGUGGAAGAGAAGCGAUGAUGAUGGGUCUUGUCAAUUACUGUGUCCCCGCCAGUGAAGCUCAUCUAAAGGCGCUUGAAAUUGCUCGAGAAAUAAAUCAGAAGGGUCCGAUUGCAAUAAGGAUGGCGAAGAGGGCUAUUAACCAUGGAAUUGAGAUUGACUUGGCAUCUGGUUUGGAAUUGGAAGAAGAAUGCUAUGACCAAACCUUGCAUACUAAAGACCGUAUGGAAGGCUUGGCAGCAUUUGCGGAAAAGCGGAAACCAAGGUAUUUUGGUGAAUAGGAUUAACACGUUGGUUGUAAUGAUCUUCUUCAAUCUUCGUUGACUGGGCAUUGGAGAAAUUAAUCAUGUAAUACAUACAUUGUUAUGUGCAGUUAAAACAACUGUGAAAAUA